CUUCGGCGUCUGGUAACUAUGGGUCGCGUUGUGCAGGAAAGCAACAACAGGCGGCCUCGUCACGCGGCAGCAACUGAUAUAAGCGACGCGCAACAAUUUAACUGCGCAAUUGCGCAAUUUUAUAACGUCGUGAUUGCGCUGCACGCUUUGUUACUUCCCGAUGGAGGCAUAAUGUGCUUUCUCCGCUGUUGCCGACUUAUGUUGGCGCGACGCAGUGAAGAAAACUGAGCUGAACGAGUUGAACUCUUGCCAAGAUCUCGAGGCGACGUCGGCUGCUGCCUGUGUUCUCGGUUGUGGGGAGUUUAUUUUCUUCCGUCUUUUCUGAUGAGCACGCGCUGCGGGAACUGCAAGGAAAACACCGCGGAAGUCGAAGGCUUUUUUUGGACAGGCGUUGAACCACUCGCCACGGGCGCUUUAUCAUCGAAGACCAGACCGCAGAGCCGUCGCGAAACCAGGUCAUGUCGUCGUUCUCGUCUGCGACCAAAGUGUUCGGUGUGUCCCUGCUCGCCGUCCCAACGACGUACGCAUUCAACGUGGUCGCCCAGCUACUCAAGUGGGAUAGCGCCUUGCCCGUUUGUGUGGGCGUAGUAGUGGUACUUGUGGCCGUAGCCGGCCUCUUAUAUUGGGCCACAGGCAGAAAGGCCCCGUUGGCGGACGGCCGAAAACGCGAACAGAUAUGGUUCUACGCCUUGGCGAUAUCUGCAUUUGCAAGUGUGGCAUCCCUUACUGUGGGCCUAGAGCUAGAUGGAAUCAUAUCAGGCUUUGUCAAUGUGUACCUGAAGGUCGGUGAACCAUACCUCCGCUGCAGCCAUGGAGCCAUGGCGUCCUACUGGCACGGGACUGUGAUGUACGCCAUGCAUCUGAUGAUGUUGGCCGCACUGACUUGGGAUGGUAACCUCUACAAUGUCGCCCUCUUCUGGUGUGGUUCAAAUGUCAACAGCACACUUGUGCUUCUGCUUGGAGUUGCAACAGGAAAACAUGGCAUCACACCAGGGGCCGUGUUCUACGUUCUGGUGGCCUUUGCUGCUCCCUGCUUCCUCUACCAACUGAGACAUCAGAGGAUUGCCCCUGUGGUGACUGGCCCAAGGGAACGUUUGUUGAAACGCAAGCAAGAUAUUGUCUUGCUUUUUUACCUACUCACUGCAAGCUUUAUAACCAUAUUUAGAGGAUUGGCGGUGUUAGGAACAAACAUUGGCUGGAUAAAUCGUUAUGUUGCAAAUGUAGAGCCAUACCUCCUACACAGAGACCCUGCCCCGUUCCCAAGAAUGCAGAUGCUUGUGUACCUUUUCCACCAUCUUCCUCUACAAUUCGCCAGUGCCUAUGCUAUACUUGUGCCUGGUUGCCAGUGGAUGCCAGACCUCAGCCUUCUCAUCGCUGGUGCUGUGUUGCAGGGACAAGUGACACACAUCGGUGCAUCGUUCCAUCCACGUACACCAUAUGUGAUGCGGGUGCCUCCUGAGCCAGCCUCGUGGCUUGCCUUCUGGAUUGUGAAUCUCCUGCUGGCCCUGGGGUUCCAGUGCCUAGCAUACAGGUGCAACAGCGAAACUCAGUUUUUUGCUGUGCUGCGCCCACAUAGCAACCGACGAAUGUCCUAGCCGAUCAUAGGAUGUAUAUCCCUACUCAGCGACUAUAAGUCAUCUAAGUGGCAUGGCACGAUCAAGCAGUGUGCUUGCCUCUCUCCACUGCUUUUGCACAAGCCGUUGACAAAUCCCUGCAAUGUUGGCAUGAAAUCCAGAAAACUUAGCAACAGUUGAGAGGAGAAGCCAAAUACUAUUUUUUUUUCUUUGUUCUUUUUUUUAAAUGCUGGGGCACUAAAAAGUGUGGAAGACACUUCAUGAUAUUUUUCCUAGUUUCUACUCCUACUUGUUUUAUUUAGCUUUUUGUGAAAUUAUUUGUUUGAAGCACAGCAUCAGUAUAGCUGAAAAUGCUUUUUUCUCUGCUAAGCAUGUAGAAAGAUUUGGUCAGUGUAAAGCAUUUGCAUGUCAAAACAAAAAAACUUCUCAAAGUGGUCAGCAUGCUGCAGGAAGGACAAUUGGCUCCAUGUGAUUUUAAGAGCCAUAGUUGGCACAUGUCGAGCUGCUUAGCUAUGAGACACAUGUAAAUCUCAUGAGUUGCAUUUGUUGCCAGUUGUAUUGGAAUACUAGCAUGGUUUGUCAAAACAAGCAAGUUUUGCCUGCAUUAGCAAACAGAAUUAAAUAAAUUUCUUUACUGUAGCAUUUGCUUUCUUGCAAAGGAGGGUUGUGAGAUGUAAGGUCAUUUGUUGACAUGUGUUUGUUGUAUGUUGUAUGUAUAUGUACAUCAUAGUUUGUUGUAUGGACAUUUGCAUUGUCUUUCCUUAUCACAAAAAGUAGAUCUUAUGAGAGAGACCUUUGAAAUACUACCACCCACACAUUGCAUGCCUCUGACAUAUUCUCAGUGCACUGAUGUGACAUCUAUUUCACACCAGAUGAUGUCUAUGCUGUAAUCCUGGAUAAGUUCACUAUGCGUGAAAUCAAAAGGAGUACUAUUCAGCCUUGAUGCAGCAUGCGCAUCAUGUAGUGUAAAAUGAUGUGAUUCCAUGCCAAAAGUAUGUUGGAAAUAUGUUGCACAUAAUUACCACUUUUGAAACGUUGUGAAUGUCAUGUUUUGGUACUUUUGUACGCAAGUUCAUGUUUUUGUACAUAUUGUAGCUGUGGAAGUGAACAAAAAAAUAUGGUUGUGUGACCCUACUGCUAUGUUGGCACCAACUGGUGUUGUGGCAAGAAAAACUAUAAACAUGGCUUUUAUGUAGCCUUGCUGGUGAAAAUGCAGAACGAAGCUUAGUAUGGGCCUUUGUAGCUGUCCUGAGGCUUUUUAUAAAUGGAGUUCCUAGUCAAAAGUGAAUUUCAGGCUUUCGUGACGUGUAGUUAUAGUUAAACCAGCUGCUGUGGACCAACUGCUUUAAGUUUGUCACUUUAACAGCUUGGUAUUCUUCGCUAUGACUAACACGUGCACUGUGGCAUUGGUCACCUGUGAGUCAUGUUGGUUACUGCCCCUGUGUGGCUGUGAAAAUGCAGGUAGAUAUCUUAUGAUCAGUGAUAUGUCAGUAGAUAUAUGAUCAGUGCACAUUAAAAAAUUCUUGUUGCUUUAGAAUAAAAGCACUGGUGCUGCCCUUCUAGGGCUCAAGAAGAGUAAAAGUGCAUGACCCACUGGUGGAUCAUGAUUCACAGGAAUCGCAAGCUCUUAAGUGCUGCCACACUGAGCAUUUUGAGUGAUGGAACCUAUGUUUAAUGUGCAUGUGCUGUGAAUUUGAGUAGGCAUUUUGUAGACCAAGAAAUAUAGCUUUGUGUUUUUAUGUAUACAUAGUAGUAUUGCUAUCAAAACAAUUUCAUGCAUGUCGUAUGCAAACUCCAAUGACUCUGUGGUCAUUAAUUGGUAUGGAGUGACAUGAAUGAAAUUGUAUCUUUUACUGUGUGCAAUUCAUGUAUGUAUGUUAGUGGUUGCAGUUUAUUUAUUAUAUUUAAAAAGUAGUUCGAAACUGUUUUGAUGAGUAUCUGCUAGUGCUCAACGAAGUACAAGAAUAAUUUCUGCCAAAUUGAAGCUGAAGUACUUCUUGCAUACCAAGCAGAAAAAAAAAAAGGAAAGCUUGAGAACUAGCCCUUGAAUACACUUGAUUUGUGUUUCUCUUCACUGGAUUAUUAUAUUGUAAUGCUUGUGGAUUGUUUACUGGCAGAUUGUUCUGUAGCUGCUAUUGUGUUGCAACACAUUCUGCUUGGCAGUUAACUAGCUUGCAUUUAGCCAUCACCAGCACAAGCCAUGUCCAAAUGUUGAAGCUGUGCAUUGCCAUGCACUUCAAGCUAAAUAUAGUGACAUUCAUUAUAGUAGCAGUGAAAACUUUCCUGUGUCAAAAUUUUGUUCAAUAUAAGCUAGGUUUUCGUGUUUAAGAAGUGAAAUUUUUGUUUCCAUAAUGUUUGUAUAAUGUGUUUAGAAGGAGUAUUGAUAAUUAACAAUUUCAGCACAAGUUUGGGUAAUGAGUACAUCAUUCAAGAUGUUCGGGCUCAAUGUUUGUAGCCACAAAAACUAGAAAAGAAGCACUGCUGUAAUGCUCGCACACGUUUUCACUAUACCACCACCUACAUGCAAUAUGUACAGCCCUUGUCAAAAAUGCGCAAGGGGAGCAUCUCUGCUCCUUGUCCUCUAUACACUCAGCACAAGUCAGUGCCAUCAAUGGGAGCAUGGUAGCCUGCAAAAUUUUGACAAAGGCUGUAUAUAUGGCAGUUUGAGCGGUGGGGAGGGUUGGGAAUUGCACCCAAAAAACCCUCUUCAACCUACUCCACUGCUAAGGUAUUUUAGUACACACAAGCUUUUAUUAAUUAUUGGCACUGCAGUUGAUAUCUGCCUUCCAUAACUCAUCAUAAUUCUAAGCCUGAAAGCCUAAAUCAAGGUUCAUUUGUAUAAAGCAAGAAUUGCUGAGAGUGUAUUGAAUACCUUAGCCAAGUUGGAAAGGAAAUGUCUAAGGCUUGUCAAUAGAAUUGGUGGAUUGGGGACUUCAUUCUGUGCCUAUUCCACUUAGCAAGCCACUAAUGUUUUAUUUACUCUUUGUAAAAAAAUUUUAGUUCACGUAUUGAAACAUAGAAUUUCCUGUUUCAGUGAACACUCGGUAUGUAUUUUUAAAAUGAGCUCUUUUAGUUGUGAAUGGUUGAAAUGCUAGUUUGUGUGUUGAGUGGAAGUCUUGGAACACUGUGCUGGCUCUUACGUAACAAAUUUUAUCCCGCUCCAAACAUUCAGGCAGUGAAUUAGAAUGGCAGCUACAGAUGAAUGAUUCAUGCAUCUUGCAGCGCAAGCAUGCUGGGCAUAGCAUUUCACUGUGUUCUGUGGUGUUGGCACUUCUAAUUCAGCACCAAUUGUCUUCUAUCACACCACGAUGCCCCAGGAAGACUUUUGUUCUUUGCACAUGGCGCACCAUUAUGAAUUACUUUAGUCAUGUGAAAUAGUGAUACUCAGUCUUAAUUUUUUAUCUUGUCACUUUCCACUGUGUGUGAAGCUGGCAUUUCUGUUAACUUAUUUGAGCCACUGAGUGUUGAAUGUUUGCAUUGCAUUUAGAUUUUCUUCUCUUGUAUAUUUUUAUUUUUGUUUAUGCUCUACUUAUUCCAUCUAAACUUAUUUACCAAUGACAUACCAAGCCUCAUUGAUUUCAAUUAUUGGUUAUAAUGAUGUAUUUCUGUCUCUAGGUUUCGUUCAUGAUGCAAUGUGAACAAUGAGAUGAACAUGCAAACAGUGUUUUCAGUAGGCGUUCCUUCAAAAACAAAAAAUGAAUGGAAAAGGCUGAACAAGAAGAAGAGUAAGACAUACUUGCUGCUAUGAAUUAGCACAGUGCUUUUAAAUGGUGGCAGAGUGUUUUUAUAUGUAUUUUUUCAUAUUUGUUCUAUUUAUGAAAGAACAUUGAGGUUUUACUCUUUCCUAAUUUGUGUUACUCUUUCCUAAUGUGUUCUGGAGAUGACAUCUCCUAUUUUCUGCUUAACUUUCGCAGCCUUUCAUUAGAUACAGGUAGCAGGGUUAGAGCUAUCCUGUUCCUGCCAUGUAAUCUGCACUAGUGAUGUGUGCCUAUAUCAUGGCAGUUUGAUGUUCUUGCAUCUUGUGCGAAUGUUGUGUGCCUUUUUCUCUUUAUGAACUACAGUGUCUGGUACAAUAGCCUUGCCCGGCCAUUUUUGUAUGCGAAUCGCAUAUGCAAGGCUUAUUUCACUAUUAAUCUUGUUCAUUAACUCGUAAGAGUGACAGCUGCCUUUAUAUACAGGGGGGAAACUUAGAAACAAGCCCAACUGCUUCUGCUGCUGCUUCCAUUGUACAUUCUUGCUUUUUCUUAGAAAUGGUAAAGCUGGUCUACAUGUGUAGCUGCACCUAUACUUUAUGGAACUGCAUUUGCACACGAUAGUAGUGGUAGGCAGCUUUAGAAAAGGUGGACUCGGCUUCUGAGCACCAUCCGCCUUGCAUACGAAAGAGUUUUCUACAAAAUGAACUCUGUGAACUUUGUAGUGCCACUGAUGCUAUCUUUUUGGGUACAUCAAGUCCCUAGUAAUGUUCCCAGGUCAUUUACAUCCACUAUUUUUAAAGCUCGAGCCAUGAAACACUGUCCAAGCAUGCUGUCGUGCCGUCGAUCUUUACAAAUGUUUGUGAACAGAACAAGUUAUAAAACUUAAAAAAAAAGCAAUCCUUCCCAGUAAGAUCAGGGCGCAAAAUGUUUUUCACCUUUCUUUAUCUGUACAGUUUUUUCCCAGCCAUUUGUUAUAGUCAACCAGACAUACAUAAGGUGACUUUUUUUUUUCUUCUUGCUUUUGAUUAUGCAGGACUUCGCAUGCACAUGUGCGCGGAAAUUAUUGAGAAAAAAAUGCAAAAUAUGUGUAGCAAGUUCUGGUCAUCCUAAUUGGUCGAAAAUAAUAUUGAUGUACAGCAUUUGCUUGGAAGUUACCCUAUUAUACAUUUAAUACAAAGCUAGUGCCUCAAGCUCCCAGCAACUGUUGUUUUUAGGCACCAGACUAGUGCAACAUGCCAGUGCAAACAGAAAAGAAAUAUGAUGCUUAAUUUUGUAUAACUGAGUUCAGUGUGCUUGUGUAGUUUUUUGCAACAAUUUACAAAAUGUACAUGCUGUACAAAACUUGAACGACUAUUUCUACAUUGAAUGAGAAAUAUUGCACAGCAGUGAUUCAUGAAGGAUGUCAACAUCUAUGUGGAUCUAUAUGGUUGUACUAAAUAUGUUUGAAGAGUGUUAGCUGUGCUUUUGUUUGUGAAUCGUAUCUUCUGCAAAUGAGAUGGUAUAGAAAAGCUUAUUAUGGGACAAACUUAGCCUGGGGCCAACUCCAAUUUCCCUAUGAAAAUACAUGUGAAAUGCAGACAUGCUUUCCUUAGACAACUGCUCAAUUUAUUUUAAUGAAAUUUGUUGCAUUUGAGAGAAAGGUAGGUUCAAUCGAUUGUAAGAAGCAGAAUUGCUAUUUAAGUGCUUAAAUAUUUUAUUUAGAAAAUGCUCAAAACUGAUAAUUUAAGAAAUAUGGCAGCAUAAAUUUAUAACUUCAUAAAGUCGCAAUAAAAACAGGUAUCACAUGUUUCAGUAAACUUGAUCUUUUAAAGAUAUCUGAAGAGGGCACACUCGUUAUUCGUACAGCUUACCUGAAAUUGUCACAUUGUUUUUGAAGGAUUUUACAAAAAUUCUAAAACAGACAGAAUUGAUAUGCCGUAUAUACUCGAGUAAUGGCCACACCCAUGUAAAAACUGCACUCUUGAUUUUUGAUAAGGUUGGCAGUGUUACCUGUUGUGUGGUGCAAGAAUUCAGAAGCUUUUUUUUUUUCUCUUUUCAUUCUUUCUAUUUUCUUUUUCUCUCUCUCUCUCUCUCUCUUUUUUUUUUUAACUGGUGGCAAAACAAGGCAGCCGUGUCGAGUUUUUCUUGCGCCUCCGGGUAGCACGAGCACUGCUUCCGAGAUUAGCAGCUGCCUCUGAGACGCUGCAGUCACUGGUCUGUGGGUCGUCACCAUUUAUUCCAGCCAGUAGGUAACAUGCUAAGGAAAUAGCCAAGAAUAGAGUCAGUACGACCAAGUACUGUAGUUCAAUAAAGGCAAGCACCAGCGAAAAUAUUUAAGGAGAAAACGUGUUCUUUUUUUUUACGUAUAAUGGCCGCAGCCCCCGAUUUUUCACCCCGAAUCACGAGGGAAGAAAAGCUGGAGCCAUUAAACAAGUAUAUACGGUAUACUGUUCUAAAACAUGUCAAUAAAUUGUGUAUUCAUGUCCGAAUAGAGGCGCUUUACUUAUUGCUGAAUCACAUAGUUGUCAACUUAAUGCUGAUGACUUAAAUCGAAAAUAUACUCUCUGCUAUUGGUAAAUUUUAACGUUUAAUUAAAUGUAGCAACUGUCAUAAAUUUCAGUUCAGUGUGGUGAGUGAAAUGAUUUUUCUAUUCUCAUGUGUUUAGAUAGGAGUGCCUGGGGUGAAGGCUUCUCAUAAGCGACGUAGUUUUCCUGCUUAUAUAAAUCUUGUUCUUCAUUCUUAACUGUGUUUAUACCUUUCAUCACCUUGUACCUUGCAGCAUUUCUGCUUCACUUAAUUCUUGGAACUGAAGAGCCAGUUUACUUACUCUCACGUUGUGGCAACCCCUGUGACUCUAGUCUCUCCUCAGGCCUCGGGAUACUUGGUCAUUUCAGAAUAUAGAUGUGUCACACUUUUGAUAUCGGCGGUUAUCACUUGUUCUUUGAGUGUGUUUUAUGGUAUUCAAUUAAAAAAGAAGCAUACUCAGAA